GACCUCCCUUUGUUGAUAAGUCGCGUGGAUUAUUUGUAGAGAAAAUCGGGAGAGAUGACGUAUCAGUUAACUCGGCUCGCAAUUUUGGCGAUUUCACUUGUGACGAUUACUUGUGCCAAUAAAUAUACAAAGAACCUGAAUAAAGAAUGGCACGAAGAUGAAAACAAUCCGUUCAGAAGUAUGAAAGUUAAUCAACUUUGGGAGAAGGCCAAAAAGAGGCUGUCUGGCCCCCGUCUGGCCGACUUGUAUGCAGAUCUGCGUGUCCAUGAUAAGUAUGAGAUGGAGCUGAAGAAGUUCCUGCUGGACGAUCUGGACAAGGAUGGGAUGAAGGAAGCGGAGACCAGGCUCCGGUUCAGGAAUAUUGUGAAGGAUUAUGGAAUGCUGGAGCAGUUUAAGCAUGUGGAUCCUGAGAUGUCCAAUGACAUUCCAACUGAGAGUGACUUUGACAAGACAAUGGAGUUAGGUGACAAGAAGCUGCAGAAGAUCUGGAAGAAAGCCUUGUUGUCUGAUCAGAUGUGGAAGACAAUUGUAGUAGAUGAAGAGCUGGACAAGUUAAGGAUGGAGUUUUGGCACCAACAGAUGAAGAUAGAUGAAUACAAUUCAGUGAGAGAUGACCUGAGUGAGAUAGAUGGCAACACUCUGGGGCGUACAAAGACAGAUGGCUUGGACUCCAUGUCCCUGAAGGAGAAGAACAAAGACCUGAAGAUGAGACACAAACAGAUCAAGGAUGGCUACUUAAAGCUGGAGAGUUUUUCCGUCAAUAAGAAUCUGGAGUUUGAGGAUCCUCGGGUCUACCAGCUCUGGGCAGUGGCCAAGAAAGCCAAUAUGUCCGAGGAUGAACUCACAUCUUUCAAGAAUGAAUUGAAACAUUUUGAACAUCGAAUCAGCAAACAUGAAUAUAUGAAAGACCAAGUACUGAUGUCCAAACAUGAACUGCGAGGGGAGGUCAAAGAUGGGCAAUAUCCAGAUAAACAUAGAAAAUUAGAAGAGAAGGCUGAUGAAUAUGGCAGAAAGGUGAAGAAAAUCCAUUCAGAUUUGAAAAAACAAGUUGAUAAAGCUUUCAACAGACAUACAGAGUUGUAGUGAAUGAAGGAUUGCGUUGGUCUGAAUAUGAAAUCUCUGUCUUCAA